AUGGGAAACACGUGUGGGGGCGCUCGCUGCUUGUCUGGCAACUUGUUGCUGUCCCGAAACGAGGACGACAUUCGCCGGCACUACAAGAUCGGAAAGAUCCUCGGUUCCGGAUCUUUCGGACAAGUUCGGGAGUGCACGAAGCGCGACACAGGCGAAGUUUUCGCCGUGAAAAUCAUCGAACGAAAAAUGACGGCGAAGGAACAGAUGGCGCCAGGCAGACCCUCCAACGAGGCAAUGAUAAAAUCCGAAGUCGACAUCCUCAAAGACCUCGACCAUCCGAACGUGGUUCAGUACGUGGAUUUUUUUGAGGAUCGGCACUUUUUCUACGCCGUCUUGGAGCUGUGCGACGGAGGCGAGUUGUUUCACGAAAUCGUCAAGAGACGCCACGUUACCGAGCAAGACGCCUCCACCUUCUGCAAACAAAUGGUUGGGGCACUGGCUUACCUCCACGAACGAGGCAUCGUCCAUCGAGAUGUAAAGGCCGAGAACUUUCUGUUCAAGAGCAAAUCUUCCGAUUCCCCCAUCAAACUCAUCGAUUUCGGCAUGUCCGCUCGGCUGCCGCCGUGUGGCUACCUCACCGACCUCUGCGGGUCGCCCCACUACAUUUCGCCGGAGUUAAUCAGCAAGCACUACGGAACAGGUGUCGACAUGUGGGCGUUUGGAGUCAUGAUUUACUUGAUGCUCUUUGGUCGCUACCCGUUCGAAGGCUCGAAGCCUGGACACAUUGCCAGAGAAGUGCAACACAAGCAGCUGGACUGGACCAGCAAGGACUGCAUGCACCUGACGGAAAGUUGCGUGGAUUUUCUCAGUCGGUUGCUCGACAGAAAUUACCGAACGCGGCUGACAGCGGCGCAAGCGCUGCAGCAUCCGUGGAUCUCGACGUGCACGCCUCUGAAAGAGCUUUCAGUCAUCAAACCGGAAAACCUCGAACUCGCUCGCCGUCUCUCUGUCGACUCUGAGCACAUCGGCGGCCAUCGCGUGGCUGCGCGGGUGAAUUCGAAGAUGGCAAUCGCAGAAAAGGAAUUUCGGAAGGUGAGUGACGCGAAGGCUGGGGCGAAAAAAGGAGAGAAAACAUGA